CGCCACUUCCUAGUUUAAGACAGGAUUUUGCGCCUGUCAGCAAAUCUGUGAUGAAUUGGAUUCCACCUCAGCAAGGACUGAGGCGUUUGCAUGAGCGAUUUGUAAAUAUUGGUUUGGUCAUCGAAGUUAGAGAUGCGAGAAUAUCCUUUAUUUCAUUGGCCUGGAUUCGGAAGCAUGACAAGAAUGAUUUAAAUACCAAGUUCGAUGAAAUUGUCAGCGAGAAAGAGAGGAUCAUUGUUUACAACAAGGCUAAUCUAGCUGACGAGAACAUGGAGGCGAAUGUAAGGAAGGUAAUAAAGAAAGAAUCUGGGCAUCCAGUGAUAUUCACCGAUUCUAAAAGGAAUAAAGGAAUUAAAACAAUAUUUCGAAAGGCUAUCGCUCAAAUGUAUCAAGGAUCGUUGAGAAGAAGAUUGAUUCGUGCGUUGAUAGUUGGGAUGCCUCACGUCGGGAAACAUUCUUUGAUCGCAUCCAUGCGUAAUUAUGGAAUCAACCAUGGUAACGCACCCAAUGUCAGGCAGAAGAUUAGUGGAUCAAACAUUCAGGUUUGGCAUAAUCCUCUCAUUUAUAUUAUGCAUCCUCCAGUCAAUAUCAUACCGACCGUAACAAACCCAAUAGAUGUCCUGAAAUUCGCUGUGACGAGUGGAAUGUGUGAUCAAGUAGCAGAUCCAUUGCUUUUGGCUGAUUAUAUAUUGUGGAAUUUGAACAGAUUUUCCGUAUUUAAAUAUGUCCAUCGGUGUAAUCUCGCUUCUCCCACAGACAGUAUUUCCGAAGUGUUAGAGUCAUUAUCCUCUACCAAAGUGAGCUCCACUGGUAACAAAGACUUGCAAUCAGCGGCCAGGGAGUUUAUUAAAUGGUUUAGAGAGGGAUUAUUAGGAAGAGUCACGCUUGAUGACGUCUCCAAUACACUGGCAGAAAACGACGAUGAAUCAAAGAAUGUCAAAGACGUUGAGGGGACCGUGUUAAGGAAGAUGAUGUGGGAGAGAAAAAAGAAAUUUGCAAAGGAUAAGUUGAGACAAAGUAUACUCUGA